AUGGAACUCAGGAAUCGCGAUCCUCGUGCAGAUUUUCCCAUGCAGUAUGUACUACUGCACGACAAACGGGCUGGAAUGACUCUUGUACAAGGUACUCGAGUCCAAGAUCUCUCCGGUAGACGAACGAAUAAAAUCGACCUGCAGGUGAGUCCGGUUCAACACCCGCAGCAUGCUGUAACUGUAAUCAUCCGCAUAUGCAAAUUCAGUAUACGAAGGCUUAUCUCCAACAGAGCUAAGACCUUCGAUAUUACCCGCGCCACCGGCAACAAUAUACAUAGGGGCCUUAGGAUCCGUCAUGUUCUUGCGGUCUGCGGUUCCAUUGACGACGGGGAGGAAACGUUGGGAAUUAUGUACGUGUCCGAAGACACCGAGGUCGACUCCAUAACGGUAGAAGAGGCUCUCGAAAGCUUCCUGGCACGGUUUGCAAGUGCUCGAACCCGUGGUGUACCAUGGACGAUGUCCAGCGACAAUCACCCAUGGCGUGACUCUUCGGUCCACACUGGCAAGAUCGGCCUCGAGGAAGUCCAGCUGCUGACUGCGCCGGCCGAACGGACCGCCGUCCAACCCGGCAGAUCCAUCUUGCCCAUCCGGCGCGUCGGGAAAGUCGGUUUCGGUGUCGAUCAUCACGAUGUGGGCCAUGCCAUACUUGAAGGAAUACCAAAAUGGUGGGUUAGAUGA